AUGAAAUGGGUUGGUGGGCAAUCACGGAACGCACCGCGGGAGGCUCAAGGGUCUGCUACUUACGCAAUUGGCUCGUCCGCUUAUCCUUUCCCCUUCUACAAUGAGACCACCGAAUCGAAUGAAUUCGCCAGAUCAUCUGGGUGGCCGGGAUCCUCAUAUAUAGCCAACAAGGCGUCUCUCGAACAAUGCUUGGCGGAAUCCCUGAAGGACUGUCAGACAAUUACGGCUAUCAAGGAUGUUGUCCGUAAAUUGCGAAUCGAUCUUCAGCAGGAGCCUGCCUAUAGCCGGUCAAUAUUCGAGCAUCUAGUGUCGCAAUCGAUUGACCACAAGUGCGCCGCCGACGAGCUCGUUAGGUUUCUAGAUGAUCCGCAUCUGAACACUCGGGGAGCAGGGAAUUAUCUUUGCACGGUGGAGCAUUUCGUUUCUCGCGGGGCAGACCUAUCCAAACGGUCUGCUCUCCUAGGCAACGUUACUGCAGCACUGGAGCUGGGCAGAGUACCUGAAGAUGAGCUCUGCCAGAUCAUAAGAGUUCUGUUUGAAAGAGUAAUCGGAGGCACUGUGGUGAGACAACGGGACGCGAGAAUUCUGACAGCUUACUUCAGGGAAAUGUGGGAUGCGAUUGGAAGGUGCAACAUCUACGAAUACGAAAACCUGGAUAAGGAAACAAUUGACACAUGGCUGGAAGGGCUAGAGAAGAUGGACUUAUACGAUUCUUUUGUCUUGGCAAAAGACAUAAUCAGCGCGACACAAGAUCGUUACUGGGCUCCGUUAUUCAUUACCCGUUUCCUGAAGUUUUCCUUGGAUCAUGAAACGGAUAGAGACUACGCAAGGGGGCUCUUGAGUUGCUUUACACCUGAUGAGGCCUCUCGUUGUAUAAUCACUGUCACCGAAUUACUAGCUCCGUCCCGGAAACAGCACCUGUUUGAGAUGUGGCAGGACCAUUUACGCCGUCUGCAGAAUAUCCCCAGCCUGGUUUCCUCGUCACCCUGGAGUGAUAUACGGGUCACUGCAUCACCCACGAGUACCUCCCUGAAGGGCCUCUAUGGCGACAAGUUGUGA